AUGGUGAAACCAGAGACAGCUGCUAUUACCCUGGAUGCAGAAAAGACGCCAAUUGCAACUGUGAAAUUUGUUUGGCCAGCAUCAAUGCUACUUUUGAUCUCAUGCCCUGUUAGCGUCCAAAACAGCUCCUUCACUAAACUCUCAGCUUUGAAGCCUAACUUUGUAGACCGCACUCCAAUUUCUUUCGAUCCUUGGACUAUAUCAACACCCAAGUCGAGUUUUUGUCGCGUGGUAGAGUCUCCAGCUCUGCAAUCAACCGCCAGAUUAAAUUUGAGAGAGAAGGAGAAGAAGAAGGGAAAAAAGGAUUGGGUUUUUGAUGGGGUACUAAAGCCAGCUUUGACAAGGGAUAUUGUGAGAAGCAUUGGUGAGAGAGCUUCGAUUGUGCCAGAUUUGGAUGGAAAUUUGAGGUUCUUACAACAUGAGUUGAAGCGAUUUGUUAAUGGAAAGGUUUCAAAUUGCAGCAAUACGGAUUCUAUAUGGGAAAUUGAUAAGGGUAGUUUGCUCCUGAAUUCGCGUUGUAUAUUGUACAAAUCAGCCAUGGAAGAGGUCAGGAUUUGGGGAUGGCCUUUGCAAACGGCAGGAUUGCUUACAACUGGAUUUUCUUCCAGAUCAUUUCUCAUCUUAUCUGGCAGAGUAACAGAAUGGUCUAAUGGAAAGGUUGGGUUUCUAGCAAGAAAGGCAAAUGCUUCGUGGGUGCAAAGGAAAUGGGGUGCCUCUGUCAUACAAUUGGAUCCUAAUACAUGGAUUAUUGAGUAUCGGCAGAGCUCAGUGCUUGAAAAUCCAAGAUUAAUUUCAGCAACAUUGGAGCUGUUGAAAUAUAGGUUGACAAGAAUGGUAAGGAAGGUGACUGAAGAAUUUUGGUUGUUCUCUUCUUUUGAAAACCAAUACAGUGAAUUUGCAGGAAAGGAACAAUUUAAGAUCCCAACUUAG